AUGCUCGAACGAGCAAACCUGACUGUAACGGAGCGCUUUCUCCCCAUUGGGAAGGAGGGGGUGGUGGACCGGCUGUUCUGGCUAUGGGGGAGAUGGCUGUACGAGAGCUGGUUCGCUCAGGAGACACGUGGCACGGACAAUCUGCCAUUGGAUCGUGGCAUGUUCUUCAUGGCAUGCAAUCAUUCGAGCCACUUGGAUUGCGGGGCCACAUUUGUGGGUGCGUGGACGGGUGGUGCCAAGAGGGUGUAUGCGCUGGGUGCUCGGGACUACUUCUUCAGCAACCCCCUUCUGGCAUGGUUCGUCACCACAUGCAUGCAUGUCAUCCCCAUCAACCGCCGCAAGUUCUCCCAGCAAGAGCUCGACACACUAUUGCAGCUCAAGGCCACCAGCGGCCCCCACCGCCCCACAGCGGUACUCAUCUUCCCCGAAGGAACUCGCUCUCUCACUGGCGCGCUGCAGCCCUUCAAGUCAGGCGUGGGGCUGCUGGCAGAGCAGCUGGAUGUGCCUGUGGUGCCUGUGUGCGUGCAGGGCACCUUUGAAGCUCUGCCAAAGGGCCGCACCAUCCCCCAGCGUAGACGGGUGACUGUGGAGUUUGGGCGGCCUCUGGACGUUCAGGAGUAUCUUCAGGUGGCUCAGGUGGUGCCACCCGAUGCCGUUGUCGUCUCUCCCCCAGCAAGCACUCAGAGCAAUGCCGUUCAGAGCACAUCAGCAACAGAGGACCCACAGCAGGCCACUGUUGAGACGCCACUCAAGGGCCCAAUAGCCUCUGAAGAUACUGAGCGAGCCAUGAGACGAGCAGCACACAGGCGAUUCGCAGACGACCUUCAGCGCAGCGUGGCAGAUAUGGCUGCGCAGAGUAAGGGCAGGAGCACACAGGGAGAGACAGGGACAGAGUGUAAGGGACAGCUGGAAGGCCAGAGGAAAUGGGCAAUGGAAGGAGCGAGGGAAAGGCGCCUGGUGGCUUUAACUGCGUGCACAGCUGCAGCUGCUGUUGCUGCUGCCAGCUUUGGCGGUGUUUCUCCUGAGGGCCUCUCUCAGGCAAGCUAUGCUGCAGCAGCGUCGUUGCUAGCUUGUGUGCCCGUGCAAGCAGGGGAGACAGCGGGGAUUGCUGCUGCUCUUGCCCUCUGCUUUGCCCUGCUGAUUGCUGGGUACAGGCCCAUGGCUUCCUGGGCAGGGCCGUACUUGUUCUUUCCCACAGAUGAUCAGGAAUAG